CUAAUUUCGCUGUAUAGAGUGGCGCCAAUGCGUGGGUUUGUAUUGGCUGCUAGGGUGCAUAGAGGGCUGAGCUAUGAACGCGCGCGAAUUGUGAGGCGAAUAAGCUGCAUUUUACAUUAAUGUGUUUUGCCUGCGCGAUAUCCGGCAUUUGACAUGGCUGGCCUGCGAGGUGCUUUAAUUGUGCUAGAAGGCGCAGACAGAGCCGGGAAGAGCACCCAGGCCCGACGGCUGGUCGAGGCACUGAAAGAGCGGGGUUACAAGACGGAGGGGCUGCGAUUUCCAGAGAGAACAACUGAAAUUGGACGACUGAUUGGCUCCUAUUUAGAGAAGAAGAGUAACCUUGAGGACCAUACUAUUCAUCUGUUGUUUUCUGCCAACCGCUGGGAACAAGUUCCAAUGAUAAAAGAGAAGUUGAGAAGUGGUGUUACUCUGGUUAUAGACCGAUAUGCUUUUUCUGGGGUUGCAUUUACAAGUUCUAAGGAGAACUUUGAUCUGCAUUGGUGUAAGCAACCUGAUGUUGGACUGCCAAAGCCAGAUCUGGUCCUCUUUCUGAACGUGAGCCCUGAGGUUGCAGCUUCACGCGGAGGUUUUGGAAAUGAGAUCUAUGAAACUAAUUCAUUCCAAGAAAAAGUAUCAAAGCGUUAUGCUGAGCUUAUGGAAGAUAAGACAGUCAACUGGACGCUCAUUGAUGCUUCCCAGAAUAUCGAAGAUGUUCACAGACAGUUAAAAGAGCUGACUGAAAAGGCCAUAGAGGAUGCCAAAGAUAAACCGAUUGGCAAGCUAUGGGAAGAAGAAUCACCUUGAUAAUAAAUGUCCAUUGAGACAGUACCCGUGUUAUAAGUAUUUAUCACAAAAAAAUAUAAAAUAUCUUAAAAUGUCACUAUUUAUAACACUUUUUUAUAUAUAUGUUUGAAUGUACAUUCAAUUACCUGCUUUAUUCCUAUAACAAAUGUUGUCUCUGCAAGAUAAGCAGUUGCCCAGUUCAGAUAAGUAGAUGAACUCUUUGUACUGGUGAUUUAAAUCAUAAUGUGAUUGAAAACAUAAAUAAAAUAUUAGAGCACUGCCUGGCUUACACAUGAAAUACAGAAAAUCCCGUUGGCACAGAUAAGAUUCUGCCACACCCACUGCCCCAAGCUUUUGUAUUGCCAGUUUAACUUUUUUUUUUAUAUUUAAUCAUGUGAUGUGUAAUAUAUCUGCUGUUGCCUAACACUCCUAAACUCCGCAAUCCAGAUCAUAAUUUGAUAAAAAAGAGUGAUUUUAGCGAUAUUUGCUGUAUGUAUAUAAUUCAGUACCAACAUGUAAAUGUGUAAACCUGGGAUAAAUGUUAACUUGAAGCUGAUGUAUGUUUGUUAUUGUAACGGAAACAUGGAACAGUGCAACCUGUGUUCCACCUGUAUAACCGUAUGCUGCCAAUCUGACAUCCUCCUCUGAACUCUGUGUUUUAAAACGGAAAGAUUAUGUACAUGCAUGUUAUUUAAAAACAUAAAAAUAAAUGUAUUAUGUAGAACAUUGCCUCACUCACACUGUGGUGUACUUUUACUCCAGUCACAGUGGCUGCUGAACAGGCGAAGAUGCACGUGGCAAUUAGUCGCCGCAACUUUUUAGAACGUCAUGGUGACUAAUCCACACAACGAAAAACCGGGUGCAAUUAGUCACAGCGACUUGUACAUUACUCAGUGCUGGCAAAGUUGCCGACAUUAGUCACUGUGGCCAACAUUUUUAAAAGUCGCGGCGCCUAUUCGCCCCAUGUAUCUUCACCCUUAGCCCCAUUAAAGUGGAGGUUUCUUUCUUGUAUGCAUAGAAACUUUUGAGGAAGAUCUUUACUAGCAGUGUCUGGGUUUGUAUAGCUUCCACUUCUUGAUAAUUAAACCAGCGAUGUACCUACUGGGAUAUACACAUUAUUUUGUACCCUAAUUUCUGCAUUUGUAUUAUUUUCUCAGUUUCUUGUUCACUUGAAAUCAGAUGCUUCUAAUAAAUGUGAGCUGCUGGGCUGCACUGAUUGCAAA